AUGGAAAUUAUCGAGAAACAGCUUGAUAAUUUGUUACAUCUUGUGUCGUCAAGAUCGAACAAUCAUUGUUUAUGCAAAAUAAAAGAAGGAAAAAACACAAUAUUUAUUCCUAUUUUACACUGUUCAUGCAUUGAUGAUGGUAUAGAAUACAUAUUAAAUAAUAAUUUUCAAGAAACAAUUGAAAUUGUUAAUGCAUGUUUGAAAUUUGAUGAUCAACAUUUUGCUAUACUAUUUAUAGACAUUAAACAUCCGACAGUAUUUCUGAUAAUUACAAAAUUAGCAUUACAUUUAUUAUCAAAUUUAAGUAAUUUAAAAUUUUUGGAAUAUGAUCAUUUAUAUAAUAUUGGAUUAUUAACUAUCAAAAUCAUGCAUAAUAAAUAUAUUUAUUACGAGACAAAAAAGAAAUUUUAUGAUGUAUUUUUUAAAUAUACAUUUCAAUCAAAUAAUUUAACAGAAUGUCUUUUACACCUUAUUCAAAAUAUAACUGAUUCAUUAUUAACUCCAAUUAUUUGUUUAUGGUUAGAUAUCGUUGUUCAUUAUCAACAUGUUGUCAGAAAACAACGCAACGACUUGGAUUAUACCUAUUUUGAGCCAAGAAAAAUCAUAUCAGAAUGUAUUAUUAAACAAAUAUAUAAUCUACCAAAUAAUUUAGGAUUGCGUGGAUCAUUUUUAUUUUAUUUAACAUACAUACCAUAUUAUCAUAUAAAUGAAUAUGAAAAACUUGCAUUGAUAUGUCGUCAAUAUAUUCUUUCACAAAUGAAAGAUUUAAAUGAAUGGACAUCAGAUACAAUACAUUGUGUUAUGGGAAGUGUUUGUUUUAUCACAAAGCAUUUUUCUCAACACUUUAAAUAUGAUAAAAUAUACUAUCAAUCGUUAUUACUUAUUAUUUCUUGCGAAAAAUUUCAUAAAGCAUUAGUAUCAACAUGGACAAAUGAUGAAACAAUUUCAAUUCAUACAAUUAUAGAAUAUUUCUUUACAAAUCUUGAUCAUGAUGACGAGAAAAUGAUAAUUACAGUUAGUACUGCUAUUGAUGAACUUCAUAAACUAUAUGGAAAUGUUGAGGACUAUUUAAUAAAAAUGAAUAUAUGUUAUUUAAUUAUUGUAUCAACACAUGAGGGAAGUCAUGUUUAUGAUGAAAUUAUAUUGGAAUGUUUUCAAAAUAUUAAAAGUCAACAUCCAAUAACAUGGCCUGGAUAUAUCAGACCGGGAGAAACGGAUAAAUUUUUACGAGCAUUAAAGAAAGCAUCUCAUUGUGAUUCAAUUAAAGAUGCAAUCAUUAGACUAGAUAAAAUUAAUGAAUUAGUUGAUUUAAUCGAAUCUGACUCCGAUAUUAUAUGCGAAAUUCUUGCGCUUCUAUCGACAAAACCAGAUGCUCAAAGAAUAUUACAAAAAAAUCAUAAUGAAUGCAAUAAUGAUAUGGAAAAAGAAAACCAAAUCUUAACAUGUAAAUGUAUGAUUGUUUGUUUAACCGAUGGUUACACUGAAUAUCAACCAGAAUUAAUUCUUGCUUAUAAAAAUCAAGUAAAUAUUGUACCAAUUGUAAUUGAAAAUGAAAAACAAUAUUGUCCAAAUGAACCUUUUUUGAAGUUUAUUCUUGAAAAAUAUUCAUCAUCUGUAAUUCGUAAAAAUAUUAAUGAAUUGAACGAUUCAUUAGCAAAUGAAAUUAGAGAUAUUCAAUAUACACAAACACGGACCUUAUCCAGUUCUUUCAAGGCAAACAACAACUCGAAUGAUCAAAUUCUACAACCAGUUAAAUAUACUCAUACUGCUGAGGAUUUGUAUAAAUCAUGCAAAGAAAAUGACAUUAAUAAAGUGAAAGAAUAUCUUCGAAACAUCAACUUUAAGAUUUUAAAUGGACGUGUGGUGAAUGAAAGCACCGCGUUGCAUAUAGCAUCUUACAAUGGUCAUAAUGAAAUUGUUCAAUUACUUCUUAAAGCAGGUGCAUCACGAUCUAUACGUAAUUGGCCGUAUGAGUUAACAGCUUAUGAAGAAGCUCGAACACAAAGUACAAAGGAUUUAUUUCGAAUCAAUUUAGAUGACGAUCAACAGGAUCAUUUUUCCAGUAAUGAUAUUUAUAUUGAAUGGAUGACUACUUCUCGAAGUCCUCAUAAAAAACGAAAUUAUCUUAGAGAAAAGUUGAACCAGUUACAAGCAUAUAGAGAUUGUGAGAUUGACGAAGUUUAUAAAGAACUGGUAGAGCAUAUGUAUGCUUAUAUUAAUACGUUAACUCUUUCAAAUCAUAUAAAACAAAUUUCAAAACAAUAUUUCACACAAAUGAAAGAAACAUGCGAUCCAGUUUAUAUUAUUAAAGUUUAUACAAGUACAACUAGUUUUCAUAAAUAUUAUAAUGAAUAUAUCGCUCAACAUGGUAUUGAUUUCUUUGAUCCAUUCAGUGUGGAUAUUCAUGUGGAUUAUGCUAUAAUUAAAUCUCUUGUGAAAACUAUUGCUAUAAUUAUGUAUGAUAAAAGUUUUACUAAAUAUCGAUAUUGUGGAAAAACAUACCGUGGACUGGUAGUAACUGAAGAAAAUUUAGAAAAAUAUAUCGUGCAUUCAAAAAUAAUGAAUAAAUCAUUGUUAUCAACAUCAAAAUCCAAAGAAAUUGCUGAAGCAUUUAGUGGUUGUAAAGAAGAAAAUUGUCUAAGAAAAACACCUGAUAAACAAGCAAUUCAUAUUUCUGUACUUUGUACUUAUAUUAUUAGAAAUUGUGAAACGGCUUUAAAUAUUGAAACAAUAUCAGAACGAGUAUUGAAUGAGGAAGAAGUUUUAAUAUUACCAUUUUCAAUAUUUCAAGUUAAAAGUGUUCAAAGAUCAUCAGCAAAUAUAGUGCAAAUUGAAUUAGAGGAAGCUUCUGACGAAUUACUUGACAAUUAUAAUUAA